AGGAUGCAACAGCAUUGGAAACCUCAUCGACACAGAGAGCUGGGAGAGAGAGAGGUGGGAAUGGCAGCAGGAUAUGCCCACCUUCACUGUGAAACUUGACACUAAUGAUGAAUUGUUUUCUUGUGUUUCAGGUUCGAGGAAGGAAACAUGAUGCUGGUGUGGGUUUUGGUGCUGACCACACUGCUUGCCAGUGAUGUGGCAGGGACGAGCAAUUCGUUGGGACUGGAGGAGACUCAGCAUCACAUUGAAAAGCGCGACGUAGGCAAAAAAGACUGCAAAGUUGACUGGGUUUAUUAUCCUCCCUUAAAAUCCUGUUUCCGUUUCUUUUGUGACAAUAGAACAUGGACCAAUGCUGAGGAAUUCUGCAAACACCAACCUCAUUCUGCACAUCUGGCGUCUGUGUCCUCGAAUGAACACAACAUGUUCCUUAAGAAAAUGAUUGCUGCAGAGAGCUAUGGAAGUCCAAAAAUUUGGAUUGGACUAAACGACAUAUUGCGGACGGGGGAUUUUGGAGUGAUCGAUCAUGUCUUGAAACGGCAGCUUUUAUUUGUUCCUAUCAUUGAACCAGCGAUUAGAAGACUCCAGAAUCAUCCACUCAUCCUUUCCAGCAGUGGAUCCAGUGCUUUGAUUUCUUUGUAGCCGCUCUCACUGUCUGUGGUGACUGUACUCACUGAGCUUCUCAGCCAAUAAUAAAGAGAACUGCAACAUGA